GUCAGUCACUUGCGCGCCGCGCAUUCGGCAUCGGUGUGACGAGAGAGCGAGCGUAUUCGGGAAAUAAACAGAGUACGGCGUGUGUAGUGGUGACAAGAGCGCGCGUCCAACAACCAUGUCGUCGCCGAAUAAGAAAGCAAAAGAGUUGGAGGAUCCUGGCUCGGGCGAGGGAGACGCGCGCGAUUACGACAUCGAGAUACAGAAGACCCUCGAGGAGAUCGACGGCUGUCAGAAUCAAAUCGAUGGCUUGAACGAGAAGGCCAGCGACGAGAUCCUCGAAGUGGAGAAGAAGUAUAACAAGCUGCGUAAGCCCUACUUCCAGAAGCGCAACGACAUCAUCAAGAGGAUACCCAACUUCUGGGUCACCGCUUUCGUAAACAACAAAGAAAUAGCAGAAAUACUAGAAGAAGAUGAGGAAGACGCGCUGAGAUUCCUAAACAAAUUAGAAGUCGAAGAGUUCGAAGAUAUCAAAUCUGGUUAUAGAAUUAAUUUUUAUUUUGAUGAGAAUCCAUAUUUUGAAAAUAAUGUUUUAACAAAGGAAUUUCAUCUAGGAUCUUCUGGAGAUCCAGCAUCUCAAAGUACACCCAUUCGUUGGAAAGAAGGUGCAGAUUUAACGAAGAGAGCAAAAACCAAAGCACCAUUGAAAGGGCGCAAAAGGCCACUCAAACACAGAUCAUUUUUCGACUGGUUCACGGAUCAUGGGGAUCCAAGUUCAGAUGAGAUAGCUGAAUUAAUUAAAGAUGAUAUGUGGCCUAAUCCAUUGCAGUAUUACCUGGCCCCAGAUAUAGAUGUCGAGAAUGGUAUUGAAGGAGAUGGUGAAGAAUGUGAAAGCGAAGAAGAGGAGGAAGAGGAGGAUGGCGCGGAUGAUGGUGAUGAGGGAGGAGAAGGAGAAGAAGGAGAUGACAGUAUAGUAGUCGUCGAAGAUGACGUCGAUGAGGAUGAUGAUGAGGAGGAGGCUGUGAAUGAUGAAGAUGAUGGUGUAAAUGAAGAGGAUGAUUUAUUGGUAGAUGACGAAGUAGAUCGUGAAGCCAAUUAAUUGUGUUACAGAAGGGGAAGAACCUGAAUAGAGUGUCGAAAUCAGAUUUCUAACAUCAUAUUUCACAGUGAAAAGAAAAAAAAAAAAAAUGAAUGAAAUUGUGUGCACCGAAUCAAUCGAGAGCAAAGAAAGUCUAUCGGACUGAAAAUAUGCCAUAUGAAUAAAUCUCAGGACACAUUUCUUUUUUUUUUAUAAAUAUAUAUAUGAAAAUAGGAAGGCAGAGAAUAUUUAGGGAAUCUAGACCCUUUCCAUUGAGAACCUAUGUAUAAAAAUACAACAUUUGUUAAGAUAUAUUAAAAGUGGUUCGAAAGGAAAGGGUCUGGAUUAAGUUAGAUAGGUUCCAUUCUUGCACUAAAUCUAAUCAGAAUGUAAUAAAUUUUUCCUCAGUUAUAUUCAUAUGGCCUAGUCGUCGUUCUCUUAUGAAAUGUGCGAUAGGGAAAUAUCCGCCUAAUUCUUAAUAUUGCGGAUUCACCGAUAAGUUAAGAUAAAGUAGAACGAGACACUAGGUGAGGAGUUCCAUUUAUUUGCUUUCUCGUGAAAAUUAUUCUUUAGAUAUGACUUAUAGAGCGAGGUGUCAUAAGUAGAAUUUUUGAGAGUGACAACUGUAUUUUCCGCACAUAAAGUACACAAACUUUUACACCACUUAUUGUCUUAUUAUUAUUUUUAGAAAAAAUGGAUAAUAAAAUGUCACUUUUUAUCUUUUGCUAUGAUCCAAUCAAUUUAUAUUUUAUAAGAAAACCAUUGUUGCAAAUUUAAUACUCUAGAAAUGACUGUUAAAAUAUUUUAUAAAUAAUUCUUGAUUGUUACCAAUUUACAAUCUAUUUAUAUCACUAUUGCAAGUUUUAUCUCAUUUUUACUUUAUCUGACAUUUUUAUAUGAUUUUAUAUUUUAAUAAUGUGUAUAGUAAAAUCUGUACCAGAGAAUUUGUAAGCUACAAAUUUGUGCUAUUAGUAUAUAAUCUUGAUAAUAUCACAUUACAAUGUUGUCUCCAAUAAAUGAGAAUACUUAGAACUUGUAUAUUCAUGUGUUACUAUCAGACUUUUAUUAUUCAGCCUAUAUGAGAUAGAACUAUUUCGUUAUUUGUUAUUUUAAUGUUUAAGUAUAAAUGUGCAACACUUUUUACAAACUAAUAAUCAUAUUCCUUUUAAUAAUAAAUGUAUUAAAUUUAAUGCUUCAAGCAUAAUUCUUGAUAAAAAAAAUUGCGAUAUAUAUAUAUCAUCUAUUUUACUACUUGUGAAUUAAUAAGAGAAUGUACUUUGCAUCAAAUCCCAUUCUCAGCAUGAAUUUUUUAUUGAAUUAUAUAAUUAUCUCAAAAAAUGUAUUACAUACACGUAUAGUAUAAUAUAUACUUAUAUAUUAUAUAUAUCAUAUAAAAAAAUUUAUAUAUUAUAUAUAUAAUAUAUAAAUAUAUAAUAAUAAUAAAUAUUUGUGUUUAGUUUUAGUUGACAGACAAUUUAGUUAUUAAUAAAAAAAUAUAUGAUAGAUACAAUGGCGUAUUUGUCACGCUCAAAAAGAUACUUUGAUCCUAUUUCACCUCGUUCGCGUUUUUCCACACUUUGUGUCACGAUUUACUCAUCGUCACGUAAAAUAAGUGUAUUUUGUGGACAUUUCUCACAUUUGAUACAUUAUGUACUUCUAAUGGUGAUUUUAAUCUAUGAGAUUAUCAUAUGUAUGAGAUAUAAGGUCAAGCGUAUAAAGUCGCGGCGGUAUUCUUUACAUCUCCUUACAAUCGACACUACAAUAGGGAGGAGAGCGUAAUCGAUGCAAGAUGUUUGUCGGCUACUAUCACAUCUAUAUCAAUUAAACUCGCAACUCUCAUUCAUCACCUUGCAUUCUUCGAAGUCUAGGGAGAAACAAGUAAUUAUUACGUCUCAAGAAUAGAAAGCGUAGUCUCAAUUUGAUAAGAUAAGCUAUAAUUGUCUAAUUUUAGAGCAAAGUACAACGGCGAUUAUUUUUUAUUAAUUAAGAAUACGCGUUGUUUCCCCAUUCUUCGAAUACGAUUCUGUCAGUAUUUAUUAGAUUAAUACGUGUUAUCCACUGACACAUGUGUGAAAAAAAAGGAAAUAUUGUCAAAAUUAUAUAGAAAUAAUAAGACCAAUAUAAGAUUCGUAUUUUACCAUUA